CAGCACCCAGACUCGACCGGGUUGGCCAAGACAGAGGAUGUGUGAUGGCCGUGCCGAGCGUGCAGCAGGGCGCCUAAAUUGCACCAACGACGGCACAGCAACGGGCAUCCCCAUCCCGCUCAAACUCAACCCUCCUCAUGGCGGUUUCUUCACACUAUCACAUCCAAUCACUUGGCACAGGUCUGCCGGUAUAUCACCCUGGCCCCUCUUCUUUCAGGAAGUGUCACACUCUAUCUCUUUCUGUAAGGGAUUUGCGGCCUCAUUUGCAAUCCCGCGAUAUGCCUACGGAUCCUACUUAAUAUCACUCGUUGUCUGAGGGUCAUUCAUUUACCAUGUCCACUCUUACAUGCAUCGCAAUUCUGUUAUCGCCGGCCGGUGUUGCUGCCAGCGGCUCAAUCUUCCCAGAUAAUUCGGUCCUCCUGUCCAAAUUGCGUCGGGAUAACGACCUAUCCGUCAACCCUCCUCUGGAUCAGUCCCUUCUGGCCAUCCAAGUUGGCGGCAUUGUCGGGGCAUACGUGAUCUUCGUCGCUGUCCUUCUGACCCUGCUGCUCUUCAUAGGACGACGCCUACGCAGGACCGUUCAAUCGUCCAAUUUCAGUUUGCAGGUAGAAAUGAUGAGGCCAGCCAAGCCAUCCGUCAGUAUCGACCCGAGUCCGGUCACCCCCAUCUCCGUCAACCUUCCCAGUCCCAACCGACCGAACAACUUCAAUAGGUCGUGGAGUAGUUUGGCCCGGGGGUCAAGGUCUCAUAUAUCCGGGAAUGGCAGCGUCGCCACCAUCGACGAGUCGGUAAUCGCAUAUGAUAGGCGCCGAGCGCAGGAGGAAAUGGAGAUGCUUUACGCCGCCGUGCUGGAGCAUGACGAGCAGAAAGCCGCAGGGGCAACGAGCUCUGAGGAAGAGAAGGAUGUUCAGUCUCCCGAUAGCGCCAUGACAAAUCCCUUCACCGAUCGUUCCUCACGGGUCUCCGAGGGCCCUUCGGCGGCUCCGAUGAGAUCUCCGAUGAAAUCUCCGACGAGCCCGAGAAGCUCACGCCUGUCCAAGAUCUCAUCACUCUCGCUGUUCAACUCGAACAACAACACGAACCCGCGAUCUCCUGCCGACACUAGCAAGCUUCGGUCUCCCCGGAUUGCCCUCCGAAAGUUACCCAUUUCGUCCCCCGUGGGCUCUCCGGACGUGACCGCUUCGGCCUCGUACGGCGAAGAACAACCGCCGUUGACACCCCGGACCUAUAAUCCGCCUCCGCCACCGACGCCUCCGGCCGCCAUCGGCCGAGCGCCUCACGAGAGAGUCCCGGGGGUUGGAAGGGCACCCGCCCCUGCACCACUGACUUUGUCGACGGUCAGCAGUCAAGGGGCCUCCUCAUUGCCCUUCCGAGAUGCGUUCCCGCUGCAGAGUGCACCGGCCACUAAAACCACGGUCUUGGAGCGACCGGAGAAACCGAUUGGAGGCCCUCGGACGGGGCUGCCGACCCCGUAUAGCCCGUAUAUGCCCUUUACGCCGGUCACGCCCCUCACACCCAGCCGGAUUGUCACCAAGCGGCAACGCAAACGAGAAGUUAAGGAGAACGGGCUGCGGGUGCUGAAUGAGGACGACAUGGUGCGGGAUGACGGGGACGUGUGGGGAUGA